AUGGACCAAGAAGAAACCGAGAAAAACGAAAAAUACAUUGACAAUAAUGACAAUGAUGAUGUGAUCCCUAACGAUGUUCGCGCUUAUCGCGACAAAGAAUACUGGGACAUGAGAUAUCAAAAAGAAAUGAUAACAUCCGAAAUUAAUACAAAAACGUUUGACUGGUUCAAAACGUAUAAAGAUCUAAAACCAUUAUUUAACGUGCAUCUAACUCACAAUUCACCGAAAAUUUUGAUGCUUGGAUGCGGAAAUUCAACACUAUCAGAAAACCUAUACGACGACAAUACAAACUACCGUCAAAUCACAAACAUCGAUUUCUCAAAAAUCGUAAUCGAUCAAAUGUACAAACGAUGCCACGAAACACACAAAGAAAUGCAGUGGUUGGUGAUGGAUGUUCGCAACUUAAAAUUCUCGGACACGUCUUUCGAUUAUGUGAUUGAUAAGGGAACAAUGGACGCGUUAAUGUGUGAUAAAGGUGAUGUUUGGGAUCCCGAUCAAGAUGUGGUGGAGAAUGUUAGAAAGGAGGUGGAUGAGGUGGUUAGAGUCUUGAAGCCUGGUGGGAAGUUCAUAUAUAUCACAUUUGGUCAACCACAUUUCCGUCGACGCCAUUUAAAACGCGAUUGUUGGGAA